AUGCUACCCCAUUCAAGCAGUGGUACCCCAUUCACUAUGGAGUUGACAUCUGUAGGAAGAAAGGCUUCUGCUGCAAAGAAGGAAUCUGCUGAGGGACAAGAGGGUGAGGCAGCAGCUGAGGAAACAAAGAAGAGCAACCAUGUCAAGAGGAAGCUUGAGGAGUGUCAGAAGGGACGUGAGCUUGACGCUCACAUUGAAGAGCAAUUUGGUAGUGGAAGCUUGCUGGCGUGCUUUUCUUCCCGCCCUGGACAGUGUGGCCGAGCUGAUGGGUACAUCCUUGAGGGUAAAGAGCUUGAGUUCUACAUGAAGAUGCUUCAGCGCAAGAAGGGCAAGGGCGCUGCAGCUUAG